AUGGAUAUCCUCCUGGACUGGAGAGAGAGCCAAACAUGGAAAUACUCUUGGACAGGUGACCAUGGAGAUCCUUGUGGGCCAAGGGAAACUCUGGAGCUCGCCAAGGUUCAAGGAAGACCCUGGAGAGACCCUCUCACUCCAAAGGAGACCACGGAGACCCCUCUGGGACCAAGAGGAACCCCGGAGCUCUUUAGGGUUCCAGGGAGACCCUGGAGAGACCCUCUCACUCCAAAGGAGACCAAGGAGACCCCUCUUGGACCAAGGGGACCUAUGGAGGUCCCCCAAGGCCAAGGGAAGCUCCAGAGCCCCUCUGGAACCACGGCAGACCCAGGAGCCCCUUGGGCCAAGGGAAACCCUGGAGCUCCCCAGGGCUCCAGGAAAUCCUUGGAGAAGGGAGACCAUGGAGAGCUGGAGCCAAGGGAGGCUCAUGGAGCCCCCCGGGCUCACAGCAGACCGGGACCCUCUCGGGCUGAAGCAGCUCCCAGUGCUCCCGCUGUCCCCAGGGAUCCCUGGUGCCACCCCCCGUGCCAGGGUGCCCCCCACCCUCACCCCUCCUCCCCCUCCCCAUUCCAGCUCUGCUUUUCCUCAGGGCUCCAAGCGGGGGUGCCAGGCAGGGGUGCCAGCUGGGGGGUCCUCGGGCGGGUGUCCCCAGGGGGUUGGGGACACCCAGAGCCACAGAGGGGCAAUGACCCCCGUUUCUGAGGGGCACAACACCCACAGCACAGCCCCCAGCGCUGA